AUGACAAGUGCUUUUUUCGGCUUCUGCGUCGCCCCCCGUCCCAUUCCCCCGUGUUCCGAGCCAGAGAGAGAGAACGUAACGUCGCCGACCUCCCGUCCAAGGCCAAUUAAAUCGACGAGCCUCAGUUGCCUCCCGAACCCCCCCGAUCCCAUCAGUCCGCCGAGGCAAUCAUCGAGACUACAACACCUGCUUCGACCAAGAAACACCACCACAAUGGCAUCCAGAGUAGGCCCCCGGAGCGCCUCGGACGCAACGCGCUUCACCUCGACCACCCCGCACGCCGCAUCCAAGAGCUCUCCCACAUCAGCAGAAGCAGCAGCAGCACCGACAGGGACAUCGACAACAGCAACAGCAUCCUCAACACCAGCCACAAAGUCACCACAGCCUCCCAAGAUCCCCGGCCGGCAACCGGGCGAGAGCCCCGAAGACCGCGUCCGCCGCCUCCGCGCUGCUCACGAGGCGGCGCGCAAGGCCCAGACGUCCAGCCUCGACCGCGCCAUCGGCGGCAGCCGUCGCUUCUUUGAUGUCGCGCACAAGUUUACCGUCCUCGGGUUGGUCGGGUUUACGGCAAUCGCAGGUCUCGUCUCCGUCUACUCCGUCUACGACAUGGUAACCUACAACAAGCAACGCCGCACCGACUUCAUCGAAGCCCAGCGCAAAAUGGAAGACGACGCCCUCGCCACCGCCCGCCUCGCCUUCAUCAAGGGCACCGCCACCGACACCCAAAUCACCCUCGUCGAGGAGGCAAACGCCCUCGCCCGCGAGACGGGCGUCAAGCUCCCGCCCUUGCUCUCCGCGCCCACCCACACGACGGGAGCCGAAAAGAUCUUUGGCACAGGCCAGCAAAGGACCGCCGAAGCUUCCUCGACGACCGUUGCUCCCGCCUUCCCCACGACUUCUGAAGCCGCACCCGCCCCGAAACAAAAGAAGAGCAGCAGCUGGUGGCUCUUUGGCGGCAGCAGCAGCAGCAGCAAAUCCGACGCCGCAGAGACCAGCUGGAGCGAGGAAGACGAGUCCUCCGGCGUCCGCGCCACGGACCUCGCGCGCGCCGUCGAGGACAGGAAAGAGUUCCUUCAGGACAAGGCAAAGGCCGCCUUCGAGCGCGAGAGGGAGAACCAGCGCCGAGGCGGCCCGCUGGACCAGGUCGGUCUCCCGCAGGAGGAGAAGAAGGCCGAGAAGAAGGGGUGGUGGUAG